CUGUUUCGAGCGGCCAGUGAAAAUGUGGGAGCCCUCGGUGCCGGUCCUUCAAUUAGAUUUAGCUUCAAAAUGAGCGUUCCAGACAGUUUAAAGUUCAACAAAGUUUUGUUCGAUGUGUGGAAAGUUGGUUUUGCUCUCAGUGAGUCUGGUGUUUGUUGCCAGGAAGUGAAGUUGGAAUGAUUCCGUUGCUGUUUGCUCUUUGUACAGUCGUGUCGGCGGUGAACUGGGAUGCGCCGCCGCAGUACGACCCUGUAUGGCUGGCUAGUGUGCAACUGUAUCCACCAGCCCCCGUCCUCAACGACACCCGAUUUUGGCUUUCCGGAUGGGUCAACGAUGCUGAUGUUGAAUUCAGACUGUUUACAAGGAGAAACCCGUUCGAGUUUCAAGUGUUAACUACGAACGAUUCUGCGUCUCUACACCAAUCAAAUUUCGAUUUUAGCAAAAAAGUUAAAGUGCUAACUCAUGGUUGGUUAAACCAUGGAUACAGUCCCAUGCCAGAGUCUAUAAAAGAAGCUUACCUUAAUGUGAGCGACCUGAACAUCAUUGUGGUGGACUGGGGCGUCGCAGCCAACGUUAAUUAUAUCUUGGCAAGUUAUAACGUGGCGUCCGUUGGUCGUCUUCUCACGGAGUUCCUCAAUUUUCUUAUUGGUGAGGGCGUGUCCAUGGAUGACGUCCAUCUUAUUGGCCACAGCUUGGGAGCCCAUGUAGUGGGCAUAGCUGGCGCUUACGUUAAGAAGGGACCUAUUGAUACUAUUACUGAAACUCUGUCCUUUCAUUUUCUAUCACCAGGUUUCUGUGCCCACAAUCGAGCCCACAUGUACUUCUCGGAGUCCAUCAUAUCUGACGUGCCGUUCACAGCAGUCCGCUGUGAGAGCUACGACGAGUUGUACUACUCAGGAUCUUGUAAAGGAACUGGGGAAACCUUAGUCAUGGGCGGAUUUGAUAUUCAUUAUGGGAAGGAUGGUGUGUACUACCUAAGGACAAACGCUGAGAAACCCUUCGCGCUGGGGGAUGGUGACCCAACAUGAAUUACGAUCAAAUAUUUAUAUCCCGCUUUGCCAACUUCGCUAAUAAAUUAAAUUUUCAAAGAAAUUAUUAUGGAGUGGCCGCCUUUUUUCGCGACCACCGCUGUCACUGUGUCGUUAAAUAAUUAAAAUGGCCGCGUUGCUGAAAACUUGCUUUGUGUCACCUGUUAUGAUUGCAUUUUACUUUUUUUA